GGUGGGAGACGCUGGUUUGGCUGCUUAGCCCUUGGAUCACUGUGCCACAUAUUCGCCCUCGAACCUCCACCGGAGGCAUCAAAGGUUACCCCUGAACUUCAGGUCGUGGCAUCAGCUUCUCCGUCCCUUCGUAGGCUCAACGGUGGCGUGGCUGGCUGUCCUGCCCAGAAAUUCAUUCUGUCCGGUUCUGAACUUCGAACAUUGAACACCGAGCAUCAAACAUUGCAUGGAGGAGAGAUGGAAAUUCGAAUGGCUUGCGCGGUUGUCUUGCUCCGCCUCUGGGAGAGCCGUGUCGGCAUUUUCGUGCCUCGAGAAUCUACCCACCCAGUUCCAGAAUGGGUGACCGCCCGGGAGGUUCUUGUGUUGCACCCCUCCCCUUUCGUCUCUUUUUCCUUCUCCCACCCACUCUACUCGCGAUUUCCUUUCCUCGCUGUAGCAGGAAGUGCAAAAAGGACCGGUAUCGUUUUCGUUUGCUUGCUCCGGCCACCAAGCCGCAGACGCAUAUCUACACUUUUCAUGCGUCCAUUGACGGGUGCGAUCAUACUAGCACUAAUGCAUCAAAUCCCAUCAGAACUCCGUAGUUAAGCAUGCUUGGGCGAGAGUAGUACUAGGAUGGGUGACCUCUUGGGAAGUCCUCGUGUUGCACUUCUUUUUUUCUUUUUUCUUUUUUUUUUUUCUCUCUUUACACUUUCUGUCCUGAGUGUGUCUUGCACCGUUUUCCCAUUCUACGACCGGUGCUCCACCUUUUAAUUCUCUCAAUUGGUUUUCUCUAUGAUUUUCUACCAGUGAAGCUCACCAAAAUUUCUCAAGAAACUGAAUUGCUGGUC